AACAGAAAAUACUAAAUAUGCCUUGAAAUACCUAAAAAAAAUUUUUUUGGAUAUUCAAUAAUUUUUCAGAGAAAUUCUUAAAAUUUUUCUUAGAAAACUUGGAUCAUAUUUUUAUGAUAUUGAAUAUUGAAUGAAUAUUUAUUCAAAAAAAAAAUGGAGAUACACAAAAACUUCGAUUUUUUUCUUCCCCACCACCUCCUUAUUUCUCUCCACUACAAAUUCAUUAGUUUCUAAUUGAUUAGUAAAAGAAAAAUUUUUCUAAUUUUAUUUUGAUUUUCAAAAAAAAAAAAUAAUAAUUAGAAACUUAUACAAUUAGAUCAAGAUCAUAAUGGAUUCAAUUAAAAUGAUUGGAUUUUAUUUAAUUUUAAUUAUGAGUAUAAUGAUUAAUAAAAUUGAAUUUUGUAUUAUGAUGGAUAAUUAUUUAAUAAAUAAUCAAAAUAAAUUACACAAUCUCAAUAAAAUGGAUCGAUCCAGUGUAUUUCGACAAACCUCUUUACUUGUAUGUCUUCCAGAUCUUAUGCAAUUACAUUGUCCAAUACAUAUGUAUAUUAGAACAUUAGAAGCUGAAAUGUUUCAUAGUAUCCGAACUAUUCAAGAACCAGAAUUUAUUAGUCCAAGUUGUUCAUUUAAAACAAGUCAAAUUGAAAAAAAACGAAAACAUGAAAUAAAUAUAAAACAAGUCACUGAAUGUAACCAUAAAUUGAAUAUCAUUAAAGUCAUUCAACAAAUGUGUGAAGGAAGAAAAAAUUGUGAACUACAAUUAUCUCAAUUAAUACCUAAUUUAACUCAAUGCUUUGAAGAUAAUAGUUCUCUACUUGUUAAAUAUCAAUGUUUACCUGAUCUUGAUUCAGCUUUAUUUGAAGCAAUUUGUACAGAUACAUAUAUGGAAGUAAAAUGUAAUACAGAACGUUCUAUCAAUGCACUUGUUAUACUGAAUGCAAAAUUUGAAAAAGAAAUUAAACCAUUUGAUAGAAGUUCAACUUAUGAAUGUUCAAUUGUUCCAACUGAGAUACCAAUUGGAUUAUCAGACAAUGUAUGUUCAUCCACAAUAGAUAUUACAGAUUAUUUGAGCAAUUCAUGUGAUGGACAUGGUUCUUGUUCAGUUAAUCCAAAUACUAUUGAUUUAUCAAUGAAUAAAAUACAGAAAUGUGGAAAAAUGCAUCUUAGUCUAGUUUAUGUUUGUGUACCACCGGAACUAAUUAUAACAAAACAUUUUAUAAAUACAAAUAAUGAACGACAUACUGAAAAACAAAAAACAAUUCAAAGACAACCUAAAGAAAUUCAAACUGUACGUUCAAGCAACAAAAUUCACACGUUAAAUCCUUCUGAUGUAUCACCUUAUGAGAAGAGUCAACUAUCAUUUAUGGGAGCGGAUAUUGAGCCAAAUAAGAAAAAACAUUCAAUGGAUCUAAGAAAAUCAAUGAAUGUUCAUAUGAAUUCAAGAACAACUGAACUACUUCAUAAAAAUCAAGAUCCAUAUAUACCAUCAUUCAGUCCAUCUAUAUCACAAUCAUCUUUAAUUGGUUUUGGAAGUGGUCUUUUCAUUCUUUUAUGCAUACUAUUCAUAGUGAUUCUAAUCUAUCGUAAAUAUAAUAAUAAACAUACUGAAAUGAAAUCUCAACAUGCAUCUAAAUCAAAUGAAUGUCCAACAAUAUGCUUUACUCAUUCAAAUGAUGAUUGGUCAACAAUCAAUUCAAAAGCGUUACAUAUGACACCUAUUACAGAGAUACCUUUACCGAAUGAUAUCAAAUUUUUAUGUCCUGUAUGUAAACUAUCAACGAAUCCAUGUUCAAUGAUAAAUGAUUUACAUAAAUAUCAUAAUGAGAAUUGUCAAUGUCAUAUCAAUUCUAAUACAGUAGGAAAUCUAAAUAUUUGUGCUUUACAUCAUAAAACGUUUGAUAGUAAACCAUGUUGUAUAACAGGACAUCAUCAUGAUAAUUCAUCUGAUUUAUAUACUAUGAAAAUAAUAACUCCUACAUUGAAUCAAUCACCAUGUAUGUUCAAUGUAUGCACAUUAGAUAUAACAAAUGAUCUAAACUCUAUACAUCAUCCUCUUAGUACAAAUACAAUGAAUAGUGGUAAUUCAAGAAAUACAAUUACUGAUUAUAUACCAACAGUUACAUCACCACCAUCAUCAAUUCAUAGUAUCCAUUAUGAAUAUCAUAGAUCACCUACAGUAGAUCCAAAAUGUCGAUCAGAUCUAACAUCUAAUAUCAUUGAAGAAACUGUUUAUAAUACAAAUAAUAAUAAUAAGUGUAAUUUUAAUUAUAUUAAUACAUCACAAUCCAUGAAUAGUAGUCAUUCAACAGGAUAUGGAUAUGAUAUUGGCAAUGGAAUAAAUGAACAUCGAUUACAUAAUACUACUAUUAAUAGUAAUAAUAGUAGUGGCAAUAAUAUUAUAACGGAUCAUUGUCAAUAUGAUAUGAAAACAAUCAAUUUAAGAAAUCAAAAUGAAAUAAUCAAUAAUGAUAUGAUCAGAUCACCAUCGAAUCAUUUCACUGAUCAAAUAGAUUAUCAACAACAUAUUGUCACUACUACUAAUAAUAAUAGUAGUAAUAGUAUUGAUAUUGAUAAUUGUAUCGAAUCCCUUGAAAAGUACGGUCAUUAUAAUGAGAGCAGAUCAGUAUAUGAAAUUAAUUCACCUUUGAAAUCUAAAUUAGAACAUCAAAUAGAUUUCAACCCUCAAAGAUAUGGUUGUAUAACAAUCACCAAUGAUAAACAACACCCAUAUUAUCAAAAAGAAAUUGAUGAAAUGAAUUACCAUAGUAACAAAUUUAUAAUCAAUAAUUCUAAUUCAAUAAAUCAAAGAUGUAAUUCAUUAGGUAAUGAAUCAAUUGAAAGUCUUGCUAUAUCAUUAAUUGAUCCACCACAAAAUUUUCGUACAUCCAAUAAUGAAUUACAUUUAAAUACUAAUACUACUAAUAAUAAUACUACUAAUAAUAAUAGUAAUCAUAUUACAUCAUCUAUAAAGGUAACCUUAACUUCAACAUAUAAACCACCGGAUGUUAUAUUAAAAAGUGGUAAUUAUCAUGAUGAAAUGGAUUUAGAAAGACCACCACCUAAAAUGCCACCAUUAAGAGGUAUAUUAACUGAUAAAAUCUGUUAUGAUUAA